AACAAGCACUAACGUAAGCAAAGGACAUUAUGAUAAUUAAAAACAAAAAUGUAUUGAUCUCCAGAAUGUUGACUCGUUUAUAUAUAAUCACUUCAUACUAUGCCAUGAUUACGUACUCCAAAAUUUUAGGGAUAAAUAAGGAACAAGUUAUUCGUUAGGCUAACUUAGGCCUGAUUUCUCUCUCUCAACCUUGACAGCGUUAAACUAUGGUAUAUAAUGCGCAUCCGUUCGUAUUUAUAAUGCACCGAAAAGAGAUCUUUAUGUGUACGAACAAAAAUCAUAUCCUAAUUAUUUUAAGAUUUUUACUCAUUUCAUGAUCGACGUGGCAAGCAUGGUUUGAGAAACCGUAUCUUGACAAUUUUUAUGUGCCUGAGCGUAUGGCAACGCGCAAGAACCUUGGUAGCCUAUAUAAAUCUCGAAAGUAUCACUCCGUUUAUGAAUUAGUUGGUCUAUGAUAAACGCGUCACAUCAUGCAAUAGGGGACAUAUUGUUCCUUCAAGUAAGGCCUUUUUCGUAGUGUACGCUUUGUACCUGUGUACGCCCAGAUGAGCUACGCAUCAGGUUCAGUGAUUGUCCCUUGUAUUAGACCUCUCUCUAGCGCUUCGUUCUUUUAGCUGUCUUGGAGCUCCCUCCAGAGUCUGGUCUAUCCCACAUCCCGAAACUCGGACCUCAUAUUGUAUGCCAGCCUCUAGCGCCUCUUCGUGGAGAGGGUGCCGUGCAUACCCCUCACCUUCUCUCAAUCUUCACGAAUUGUUCCUCGGAUGAGUAUAAAAGCCGCGACCUCGGAGUUACAUCAGUACCAGCAUCUACUGGAAGCUAGUUUAUCUUCCUUGGAUUAAAAACAACGAAAAAACAAAACAUUGAUAGAUUCACCGCUUGCUACUUCCCACGUAUUUUUUGUGCUGGAUUACGACCAUUAUCAACAAUUAUGCUCACAAUGGGUCAACCGGUCGCUUGCCCUGAUUUGUGUUCGUACGUACCUGUAGUGUCACUUAGUUCCUCGUACUCGGAUGAAGAGGCUCAUUCACCUGCUUCAUCAGAAGACCUCACCAACGGCGACUCAACUUACAGAAAACGGAAGCCGGUACGUUGCAUUGAUGUGGCUCCAACUGUUCAGCAAAAGGUGAAACGCACCCGACGGCUACGAGCAAACGAUCGGGAACGCAACAGGAUGCAUAUGCUCAACGAUGCGCUCGAUCGUCUCCGUACGGUGCUACCUGCCUCGACUGAUGAUAGCAAGUUGACAAAAAUCGAAACGCUGCGUUUCGCACACAACUACAUAUUUGCGCUUGCUGAGACGUUGCGCAUGCUCGACGGUAAAAGCAAGAUCUUCAACCAGUCAAUAGCUGCCUUGGCUUUACAAGGAUCACAAACAAAAACAUGCGAUCCUACACUUAAAGCUACCGUCCGGGAGCAGGUCAACCAGUUGCAAGCGGCUUGCAAAUUAUAUAUUCAAGAACCACUCAGCAUCGAUGACGCCAGCAUCGCUAUCCUGUCACCAAGCAAUUUAAACUUAAAUAGUAAUUCUAGGCCUGCAAGCAGCCCUUCGUACCCUACUAGCGCUUGUUCACUGACCAGUAGCAACCAAUAUCCUCUCAUGGAAUACAGCGAUUCCGGUACAUACAUGAGUGAUAUGAGCCCCGCGGGGUUUGAAAAUAUCUAUUAAGGGAAUGAAAAGCUUUUUCAAUGCGAUCUGAAUCUCUAUUUUGAAGUCACACAUUAUCAAAAAAAAUAGUUUUAUUCAAUUAUUUUUGAGCUGUUAAAGCUUCUGCAGCCAUGCAAGAACACUACAGUGCUGUGAUAUAGGUAGCUCUUUAUAGCGCAUACACCCGUGAAUCAAAGGAGGAAGAAAUGAUACGAACUGCCAUUGAGCUACAGCAUCGCGCAUCGAUUUGGUCUAUUUAACCGAUAAAUCUAUAAAAACGCUUGAGUUGUAGUUCAAAAAAUGAUGGAACAUCCCAUAUGAAAUAUUCUGGACAAAUCCUGCCAGCAAACGCAAAUUAUUUGUGCAUGCACGUUAUUUAUACGCAUAGAC